AUGUCAGAAAGAGAGUUAAUGCAAUUAGAGAAACUUAACAAGGCUCUCACCAACAUUGUAUCAUCCGUGAGAUCCACCAAUUUGAACUUGCAACAAGCCAAUGAAUCAGCUGAACACACACAAAUUCUAUUUGAGUAUUGGAUCCGAAUUUUGUCACAAGCUAGUGUGAAUCUCGACAUGAUGGAUCAUAUUGGAGACUUGGGCGUCGACGUUAAUGGAGCCGAAGAAAGAGCCGAGACUCUGGUCACCACAAGAGAUAAAAAGUCAAAAGUCUUAGCGUCUUUAGAAGCUGAAAACGACUCGUUAAGAGCACAAAUAGAAUCCUUACAGUCCAAUACUUGA